AACCGAAUUGAUACACGUUUUGAGGGGAUACAGUUCAAUCCAUGAUACUGCUCAAUUUACUCCCUCAGUAAUCUUGAAAACUGAGACUAUUACCCUGUUUUUACAAAUGAGGAUGCUGAGCCUUAGGUGGGUUAACUUGUUAAACACACGCACAGAAUGCACCUGACUCCAAAGCCCGUCAGUGUUCUUUCAAGUUCCCCUCACCUCACUCGACAGCCACACAGAAUAAGGCUUAGUGUCACAGAAGUGGUUACAGUUGGUGUCAGAGAAAUGCUGCCUUGAGAAAACUGAGGGUGGAGAAAACAAGAUGUUACUGCAGUUUGAAAUUUGUUGAUUCAACUAGUAUUUUUUGAACAACCAUACACCCCUCUGUGCUGAUCAGUGUGGAGGUCAUCACGUACAAACGUGACACUCCAAUACUAUGACAUACCUGGGGAAAAAGACAGAAAUCAAUACAUUAUUUUAGGGGCUAAAAGAUGAGUUAGAGUGGCAUGACCUGUAGAAGACUAGGCAGGGGAGAGAAGAGUUUAUGUGAACCAGGCUAGUGGUUCUGUCCAGAAGGGGGACAGGAAGAGGGCAGAGCAUCACGGAAGAACUAGAACUUGAGCUGGGCUUUGCUGUGAUUUAGCUUAUGAAAGAAACACCAGAAAUUUGUCCUUGAAUAAUGUUUUCUGUGACAGAUCAGUUUUUCAUAAUUGUUUCAUUUUCCUAUGAGUUCACUUAGGAACCAGAGUGCCUGCGGUAGAGAAAAAGCUGGUGUUUGCAUAAGUAAAAGUACUAUUUCCAUAAGGUGGCUGCAUUGUAUCAGGAAGGCUAAGGAAAGUCCUCUGCUUCCUUAUCAGUUUGGUGAAACAAAGAUAACAGUGGAACAGGGUCCAUCCUCUGGCAGGUUUCUGGAUUGGGGGAGAAAGAUAUCCUGUGCUGUCUCUGCGUCUAAAAGGGGUAGGUGGGUGCUGGCGAGAUCAAUGGAGUGUUUGCCUGGGUCUGUUUGUCAGCCAGUGCUAGUUGGGUUGAAUUGAGAAAGCGAAACCUUCUGAAGGGCUGUGAAACCUCUUCCCUUUCUUGAAACCGCUUCUUAGCAAAGAGAGGAAAGCCCCAGGCCCCAGCCCACCCAUCUGCAUUUGAUGAGCAGGGCAAGGAAGACGCAGCAGCAUCUGAGCCUGUCCAAGCCGCCCUAGGGUAUCAGGCCCAUGGAGAAGUUUCAGACGGUGCUGAGCCUGUAUCAAAAGCAUCACAACGCGAUAGGCUAUGGCCUGGUGACCUUUCUGACGGCGAGCGGGGAGCGCGUCUUCUCCACCGUGGUGUUCUCCUGUCCCUGCAGCGCCACCUGGAAUUUGCCCUACGGCCUGGUGUCCCCGCUGGUGCCCGCGCUCGGGCUCUUCCUCCUGGGUUAUGUGCUGAGCGCGCGCACCUGGCGCCUGCUUACCAGCUGCUGCGCGCCGGACGCCCGCACCGCCUGCCGUGCGGGGCUGCGCGGCGCCCUGGUGUGCACACACCUGAGUGCCGCCUCCGCGGUCGCGCCGCUUACCUGGGUGGCAGUGGCGCUUCUUGGGGGCGCCUUCUACGAGUGCGCGGCCAGCAGUGCGCCCUUCGCGCAGCGCCUGUGCUGGGGCCGCGACCCCAGCUGCGUGGCCCAACUGCCGCUGGUGCCCUGCAAACAAGCCAAUAUGUCCAAAGUGCAGGACCUUCUCAAGGACCUCAAGGCUGAGUCGCAGGUGAUAGGCUGGAUUCUGAUAGCAAUUGUUAUCAUCAUCCUUCUGGCUUUUACAUCUCUCAUGAGAUGCACAUCUCCAGUUAGUUAUCUGCAGCUGAAAUUCUGGAAAAUCUAUAUGAAACAGGAGGAGAAUAUCCUUAAAACUCAAGCCACGGCGCAUGCAACUGUAUUGGCAAAAGAGAAUGUUAAAAGUUUCUUUGAUGGCUCACAUCCAAAGGAAUACAACACCCCAAGCAUUAAAGACUGGCAGCAGAUUUCAUCACUAUAUACUUUCAAUCCCAAGGACCAGUACUACAGCAUGUUGCACAAAUAUGUUAACAGAAAAGAAGAGAGUCACAGUAUCACAUCUGCGGAAGGAGAUGUGAUGGUUCCUGUUCUUGACUUUGUAGAUUCAUUUGAUAUAAGCACCACUGCUGAGUUAUGACCUUAAAAUGAAAAGAAAAAAAAGUCCUUGGAAGUAUUACUUCAUGUUUAAAAAAUAAACAUUAGUAUUGAUUAUGACUGCUUUUUUUUUCCUUCCACAUUGUGAAAACAUAGUAUUUUAAAUAUGAAAUAGAAAUUGAGAAAUGAACCUCUUCGUUAUAUUAAUGUUUUUAAAAAGCGAGGUUAAAUGAUUCAUUCAAAGUGGCAGACUGUAACUAGAUCAGAAGUCUUAUAUUCUUAGUCUAGUGUCCUUUCCACUGAAUAACAAUGCUACUUUCAAAUAAAAGACAUUAAGAGCAAAAACAGUGAAAGCAAUUGAACUUCGGACCUUCCUGUUAGGUUAUCUGUUGUUAAUUUCAAGUUCACUUUCUUGUAGACGGCCCCUUGCUUGAAACUUAAAAACACUGGCAUUUUAUGGCUCUAUUAUGGUUGCUAAACAAAAAUACAAAAAUAUAAAAAUUCAUCACGAGAAGGAAAGUAAAAAAAUUUAAAUCCAAAAUUUGGAACAGUGUUUUAGGAAAAUUUCAGAUAAUAACUUCUUUUUAGUUUGUAGGACUGGAGGAAAUAUUUUAAAGCUAUUUGUUAUGGUAAAUUUCAAAUAUGCACUAAAAGUAGGGAGUAUAGUAUUAUGAACGCCCACAUAGUCAUCAUGCAGCUUCAACAGCAUGGGGGUGUCAGAUACAACCUGUACCAUACAAAAAACAGGGAAAUACAAAUUGUGACCUGAUUUAGCUUAGACAAGGGAGGAGUAGGGGAAAUCUCCGAGAAACUGAAACCUGUAGAGUAGGAAGAAGAACAUUUCAGUCGGAAAGAACAAUAUAUAUGAAGAUUCAGAGCUGAGAAAGAUCUUAGCACAGUUGGAUGCCUUAAAGGCAACUGGAAAAAAGAGCAAUGCACAGAUCAUGUAGGGCGUUCAAGUCAUAUGAAGGACUUUGGUUUUCACUCUAUGAGCAUUUUAAGGAAGAUUGAUUUACUUUUCUUGUGGAAAAAAGGAUGUAGGGGGAAGGACGGAGCCAGGGUAGAAGUAGGGAGAUUAAUCAGGAGGCCACUGCCGUGGAAAGUAGGUGGGGGUGUACUUGAACUGGUGAUGAAUUUGGAAAAAGUGGAUAGAUUCGAGAUCGACUUUAUAUGUAGAAGUAAUAGGAUUUGUUGAUGGAAAGAAUGUAAGAAGGUAGUGAGAGCAAUGAUACCCACAGAUACAAUUCUGUU